UCACAGACGUCCUGACAAGCGCCUGACAAGAUGAAGUGGCUCCUCAUUACACUCGCCUGCAUUCAGCUCUCUGAAUGUUUAGUCAGGGUUCCCUUGAGGAAAGAUAAAUCUACCCGCCAAGUUCUUAAAGAACGUGGGCUUCUCGAGGAAUUUCUGAAGAACAACCAUUACAAUCCAUAUUCCAAAUAUGCAGGGCCCUUCAACACCCAGUCCAUGGCUACAGAGCCUCUUUUAAAUUAUAUUGACAUGUCUUAUUUUGGAACAAUCAGCAUUGGAACCCCACCACAGAGCUUCACCGUCAUCUUUGACACUGGUUCAUCCAAUCUUUGGAUCGCAUCAGUUUACUGCAGCAGCCAAUCAUGCAAAAACCACAAGAAAUUUGCACCAAGCAAAUCAUCAACUUAUCAGGCAACAAACCAACCACUUUCCAUUCAGUACGGUUCCGGCAGUAUGACUGGGAUCCUGGGCUAUGACACAGUCACUGUAUCAAGCAUAAGUGUCAAACACCAGGAAUUUGGGUUAAGUAAGACUGAGCCUGGACGCUCAUUCUCCAAUUCUCUAUUUGAUGGGAUCCUGGGGCUGGCCUAUCCAAGCAUUGCAUCAUCUGGCGCCACACCCGUGUUUGAUAACAUGAUGUCUCAGGACCUAGUGAGUCAGGACCUGUUUGCUUUUUACCUGACCAGACAGCCUGGUGGGUCCGGAAGUGAAGUUGUAUUUGGUGGAGUCGAUCCAAACCACUACACAGGUCAAAUUAACUGGGUGCCCGUCACUCAACAAAGCUACUGGCAAAUCAGCUUGGACAGUGUGUCAAUCAAUGGGGAGGUUGUGGCCUGUAGUGAAGGCUGUCAGGCCAUCGUUGACACUGGUACUUCUCUGCUCACUGGCCCCAGUGAAUCCAUCAGCAUUAUCCAGCUAAUGAUCGGUGCAACUGAAGGAUACGGAGGCCUGUCCUCCAUCAACUGUAACAAUUUGCCCUCCAUGCCUGAUGUAGUCUUCACAAUCAAUGGAAUUGACUAUCCCCUUACUCCAUCUGAAUACACACUCCAGGAUCAAGGUACUUGCAUAAGUGGAUUUGAUGGCAUGUAUCUUCCAAGCGCUUCUGGAGGCCUCUGGAUUCUGGGAGAUGUCUUCAUUGGACCAUAUUAUUCCAUCUUUGACAGAGGAAACAAUCGUAUGGGCUUCGCCAAAUCUACCUAGUUUAGUCUUCCAGGA